CCUACCAACCUCUGCUUGGAAAAGACCGGAUGCAGUAGGCACGCUUGGGUACAAAGGUCAGUCGAACCGGAAGUCACACGUGUCCGCUGCGGCUCAGCGUGGGGAUAGAAUGAUGGCGGCCGCUUCGCCCAACUUGGGUUCACACAUGCGGGAAGAACUGUCCUGCAGCAUCUGUCUGGAGCUGUUCACCAGGCCCAAGGUGCUGCCAUGUCAGCACACUUUCUGUCAGGACUGUUUGCGAGACCUUGUAGGUGGAAGGAGAAACUUCCAAUGCCCAAACUGUCGUCGGCAGGUCAGUCUACCAGGUCGAGGUGUUUUCGGUUUGCCUGACAAUCAUCUCGUUACAAACCUCUGUGAGGCGCUCCAGAAGCAGGCUACACUGUCAGGGGAAACGGGGGAGCAACCCCAGUCUGGAAACGGGUGCAGCUUUCACCCCGCUGAAGAGGUCAGACUCUACUGUAAACAGUGUAACGUGCCUGUAUGUAAUGAGUGUUUGGAUGAGAGGCACAGCAAUCAUGCCACGAUUAGCAUGAAAAAGGCGGCACAAGAGAAGAGAGCUUCGUUUCAAGAACAGAUUGCUGAGGGCAGGAACAUCUUGGGGACGUACAGCAGUUUUCUCGAAGGUCUGAGAGAGCAAGAAAUCACACUGAGUGAGCAGAAACAGCAGGCAAACGACAGCAUCAAUAAGGCCUUCAACCAAAUGGUGCAGAAACUUAAAAAUGACAAAGGCCGCCUGUUGAUGAAAGUUAACAACAGACACAGCGAGAAUCUGAAGGUGUUGCGGAAGAAAAGGGACAGUGUGUCAGCAGACGUCAGGGAACUGUCUGCUGCCUGUGAUUCAGCAGAACAAGAACUGCAGCAGGGAGGGGUCAAGUUUCCUUGUCAGGACAACAUGCUAACAGUCCUGAGAAAGUACAGAGGAAAAGCAGCACCAACUCCUGUACAAACCCAGUCUGCUGUCUUCCAGCCCACAGACACCCCUGUGCCAGUAUUGGGAGAUGUGACCUUCCCGUCUGUUCCAUCUGCACCAAUUCCAGCAGUACCUGCAGCAAGAGUUGCAGGUCAUCACUAUAGUAGCGAAGGACAGUCAACCCAGCCUCUCCCAUCUGCACUAAUUGCCAUAUCAAAUGAAGGAGAGGUCUUCAUAGCAGAUCAGGGAAUCCAUGUCUUCACUCUGCAAGGUGCAUUCGUCCGCCAGUUCCCAACAGUUGUGACAUUGUCACGUCGACAUGAUAUGAUCCCACAGGACCUGGCCCUAGAUGGAGAGGGGAACCUGUGGGUGGUGGGGAAAGCAGUGUCUUAUGAGUUUGUUGUGCAGUAUAACAAGCAGGGCAGGGUGCUGAGGUGGUUUGACCUAGAGAACACAUGGCGCGCCAGAGGAGUUGCAGUGGACACCAUGAGGAACAACAUCCUCGUCACUCAAGUCACAGGAGGUAAUGAUAACCUGCAAGGAGAAGUUCAGGUGUUCAAGCCAGAUGGGAGACUGGUGAGAACCGUGGGUCAGCAGCAGGGGAUGAGGUACCCACGGUACAUCACUGUGGACGGGGAAGGGAACAUUCUCGUGUCAGACUGCCCCAAUAACUGUAUCUAUGUCUACAAUGAGGAAGGACAGCUUUUGUUCCAGUUUGGAGGUGAGGGAAGUGGUAACGGUCAGCUGAGUCUUCCCAUGGGCAUCUGUACAGACAGGGCAGGUAACAUCAUCGUGGCGGACAGUAUGAACCACCGUGUGGAGAUGUUUGACAAGACAGGCAGAUUCCUCAAACACAUCACUUCAGACAGGCUCACUUCAUACCCAUUGGCUGUUGCUAUGGCACCACAAGGACAGCUAGUGGUCAUUGAUUGGGGGGAAAGCAUCAUCCAGGUCAUUCCUCCCCGUUUCAUCUACAACAACGAGUGCUAAAGAUAUAACUAUUUUGGCUUGCAUACUUUUCCAAUAAUCUGUUUAUAUGAAGUAAUAGUUGCUGUUAAAUUGGCGAUCUUGUCCAGAGCAGACAGUUUUGAUGCUUUCCUAAUUACAGGUGUGCCAACAGAAUACAUCAUAUGUGGGAUAGGUGCAUAUGUUCAUCACUAACAGGAAAUAAUUUCUUUUUUAAACUAUAUUGUUUAAAACUCUUUGUAAAACCUAUUUUGCUAUCAGUAUUACUAUUACAGUGUUUGUGUAGAUGGUUAGUUGAGCUGUUAGUGUUAGAGCUACAAGCUUGUUCUUGCAGGUGAACUUGAAGUUUACUUGUCAGUGUUAUGAACUCUGAUUUGUACAUGUGUACAAUGCAGCUGGUUGAGGUUGUUAAAGGAGGCUUCCUCUUGUCCUUUAUAGGGUUUUGUUACACUUAUUAUUUAUCGGAUUAUGAUAUCGCUUACUAAUUUAUUUACUACAUUUCAUUGAUUAGUUUUAUGUAUAUUCAUACUUAUUAUUUCGUUAAUCUACUUUUGGUAUUUCUCUAAUUGUUAUCACUUAGCUGUUACAGUCGCCAGUGAGGUAGUGUAUCACUUACCUCUAACUGUUAUACUUAUAGUAAGUAGCCAUUUGUUGUUAUAGUUAUUACUUUAUUAGCUUAUCUUUAGUCUUAAUCCUUAGUUGAUUGUUUCUUAAUCCUUAGUUGACAUUUCGUCAGCCAACUAUGAAUAAAUUAUCAUUUACUCA